AGCCCCGGUGGCUUGCCUAUCUUUAUUAUUCGCUCUCUUCAGUGACUGAUCUCAAAAUCAAUAUCAGAGUCGCCCAAAAACGUCAGCAUUCAUUUCAAGAUGAGGACUUUCACUCUUUUCGUCUUUCUCACUUCCGCCUUCAAGGCCUGUGCUAUCAAGCCACCAUCUAUUGAUGGCAUGGGGUUGACUUGGUACGAUGCCUUUGAUGGUUGCGCCGGCUGCGAACUCAACCUCGACGAGUGGGAGUAUCGUCUCCACCUGGAGCAUAAUAAAGAGCUUCAGGAAUAUACCGACUCCAACAAGAAUGCUCAACUAUCUGGCGGCGAUACUCUCCAGCUAGUGCCAUGGAAAGACAACAAGGGCGAGUGGACCUCUGCUCGUGUCGAGACCCUGGACUCAUGGACCCCUCAACCGGGGAAGAAGAUGCGUUGGCAGGCGAGUCUCCGUAUGGGCGACGCUUCAGCUAGACAGGGGAUCUGGAAUGCCUUCUGGUUGCUGGGGGACUCCAUUCGUCAUGGCACUGAAUGGCCCAUGUGCGGCGAGCUCGAUGCUUUCGAACAAGUCAACGGGGUCAUGGAAGGUCACGGCACGGUGCAUUGCGGCGACGAGGCGGGCGGUAUUUGUGACGAGCCCAACGGAUUGGGUGCCUCUGUUGCUAUGCCCGAUAACGAUUUCCACGACUGGGCCGUUGAAAUCGAUCGGACAUCGGACGACUGGAAGACAGAAACAAUUUCUUGGAUGAUGGACGGCAGCAGCUUUCACAAGGUCUCCGGAUCUGAUGUGAAAGAUGAGCAUGUGUGGGCCACGCUGGCACAUUCUCCCUUCUUCAUGAUCUUCAACGUGGCCGUGGGCGGCACUUGGCCCGGUGACCCGGACAACGCCACGCAGGACGGCUACGCGAACAUGAUGGAGGUGCUCUAUGCUGCAGUAUACGAGACGAAGUGAGGCAGCUCUGCAGCAACUGCAAGAUUUAUUUAUCUCAGGCGACAGGCUCGUCGAAAAUUGUGAUAGCUUACUCGCUCGAACUCGAUAUUUAGCGUAGUAUGCCGAUAUGAAAGCAUU